AUGAAUGCUAAUGACAGACUGCUACCAAAGACCCAAUGGAAGAAUGAAGAUCAAUAUGUUGACUAUGGGAAGAAGCUCAAUCUUAAUCAGAUUGGAGCAACUGUCCCAGCUACUAUUCCAGCUAUAGUUCCUGGAGCUUCAGCGUCCACAAGUGGAGCAUCAAGUGUUGCGGGAAGCGUUAACACACCUUUGCGACUUGCUGGUACUACAGGUAAUCAAAUGAUGCAAGUUCCUUCUGGAAUGCAGCUCAUGCAGAUUCCAACUCAAGGUGGCGGCACUGUUACUGUCCCUUAUUCUAUGAAUGCUAACGGUGAGAUUGUGUUCAGUGGAAUGCAACUCAGCCAACAAGGCUUCAGUGGUGCUCAAGUGCGCCAAGGAUUUGAUGCAACUCAAGCUCAAACUCCGCAGGUUGUGAAGACUGGCUAUUACGAUACGUCAAAUGUCUUCCACAAUGCUAUCAAGGGAAAGGAUGAGAAUGGCAAUGAUGUCUAUCUUAUUCCAUGUCCUGCUGAUCAAGGUCUGCAGUUUAUUCAAAGCCGCAGAAAGGAAAGAGAUCCAUUUGGGUUGUACGAUCAUGUCAUCAUGGACAGUGGUUGCACAAACACCACCAUUUGUAAUGGUGAGCUGAUGCAUGGACUCCGUCAUGCUGAGAAGGAACUUGACAUGCACACUAACAUGGGCAGCAGAGUUCUCGACGAAGAAGGUUUUCUAGGACGAUUUCCACCUCCAGUUUAUCACGAUGAAGAUGGAAUUGCCAAUGUACUUGCUAUGCGCGAGAUGAUUGCUGCGGGAUACCGCAUUACUAUGGAUACUGAUGCUGACAAAGCUUUUAUUGUGCAUUGUGAUGGAAACAGGAAGAUGCGAUUUGUGAAUCGUAAGGGUGUGUAUGUGUUGGAGCAACUUGGAGCAAAUGCCGAACCAGGUGCCAAAGAGACAAGUGCGAUGUACCGUCACCAGUUAAGCAACUUAAAUAAUCAACCCCAUUUCGAACUUUCUUCAAACAAACAGAAUGGAUAUGCUGGACUCAAGAUGACCUCCAAGAUGGCAACCGUUCAAAAGAACAAAGAAGGAUUCACUCCAAGACAAGUCAAGGCUGCGAUGGAAGCGAGAAGUGCAAUGCACAUACUCAAUGCUCCAAGCACCAAAAGUCUGAAGUAUGCGAUCCGAUCUGGUCUCAUCAAGAACUGUCCUAUCACCGAAGAAGCGAUCAAUCAUGCCGAAGCAAUCUAG